UUAGUCACCACACAUUAUCCCAACUCAUUCACCCCAGAGUCCUUCCAUUGCUUCUUCACCGUCUCUGCUUGCUAAAACUCUCUCAGCUCUCUCUCACACACACUUCUGUUCAUUUUACAGCCCUCAUUUCUCUGUAGCUGUUCCCUCCGUCGUCAUUUUCUUCUUUUGCUCUCUCAGGUCAUGUAACUGUACCCUGAAACUGCAAUCUUUGAAAGAGUUUCCAUUGUUGCUUUAAAGGGUCCUUUUUUAAUAAUGUGAUCUUGAUUAAAGUCUUGUUCUUGGUUCUUUCCUUUCUUUUGUUGAUGUCCAUUUGCUUACCGCUGCUCUAAAUCAGUUUUCUUGUGAUUUUAAUCAUGGGUUCUCGUUAGUACAAUCUUUUCUUGUCUAGUCCAUUUUCUUGGAUUCUUAAGGUUGAUGUCCCCUUCUGUUAAUGCCCAUUUGCCUUAAAUUUGUUUUAAAAAGUUGAAAGAUGCAGUAUUUGGUCAUGGGUUUUCGUUAGUUUGGUUGCUCUUGUUGUCUAAGCCCCUCACCACUCUAAAAUUUCUUUAGUUUUUCAUAAUUGUAACAUGUAAUUUGAAUCUUUCAACUGCAUUCUGUUAUGUUAGUGUGCUUUUUGGUGGGACUUAGUUGAUGAACAGGAAGCUUUUCUUGAUAAUGAAGUAAAGAAAUCAGUGUUAAUGCAUCCAAAUCUCAUUAAAAUCAAACGCUAAGAAGAUCUGUGCAUAUGGAGAGUAUCUGUUCUUUCCGCUAAUUCAGAGUCCUUUUAUUUCACUAUGGAUUCUGUCCGCUAGUAUCAUUGAUUCUUAACUAACUAAUUAGGUGAUUUGACUCCUUGCUAAACGAUUCUUUUGUUCUUGAUAGAAAAUAUACCAAUAUCAUUCUUUAUAUAUUCCUAGAAAUGUAAGAAUCUGUAACUGUAUAUUUUACUUACAGAAUUGUAUGUAUACUGUAUACAUAUAUAUCUCCAAAAUGUUUAGUUCAGGAUUAUGUUCCUGCUUUUGUUACUUGUCUUUCUGCCCAUAGGUUCUCAUUUUUACCUUCUUCUAUGCAAGUUUAGCUACUCAUAGUGGCCUCUCGAGUAGUAAAUCCAGAUGGAGUCUUGUGUUUCGUGUUUUAUCAUAGAUUAGUUUGUUGAACCAAAUCUCAAUCUAUCUCACUGCUUUUAUAUUCACCAAAACUCUGAGUUCUCAUGGAGGAGACAUUUGUUCCUUUACGUGGAAUAAAAAAUGAUCUUAGAGGAAGGCUUUUGUGCUACAAGCAAGACUGGAAAGGUGGUUUACGUGCGGGCAUCAGGAUCCUUGCUCCAACAACAUAUAUAUUCUUUGCUUCGGCAAUUCCUGUGAUAUCUUUUGGGGAGCAGCUAGAAAGAGAUACAGAUGGAACAUUGACUGCAGUGCAAACUCUUGUAUCGACAGCGCUUUGUGGCAUCAUCCAUUCGAUUGUCGGAGGACAGCCCCUACUCAUACUGGGGGUCGCUGAGCCAACAGUGUUGAUGUAUACAUUUAUGUUCGACUUUGCAAAGGACAGAAAGGAUUUGGGGCCUAAUCUCUUUUUAGCCUGGACUGGAUGGGUUUGUGUGUGGACAGCUUUGUUGCUCUUCUUGCUGGCAGUGUUGGGUGCAUGCUCUAUAAUCAACAGGUUUACGCGUGUUGCUGGUGAAUUGUUUGGCCUGCUUAUUGCAAUGCUCUUUAUGCAGCAGGCCAUAAAGGGAGUUGUUGAGGAGUUCCGCAUACCCCAGAGGGAAAAUCUUAAGCAGACUGCACUUCAACCUUCUUGGCGAUUUGGCAAUGGAAUGUUUGCAUUGGUUCUGUCCUUCGGCCUUCUUCUGACUGCAUUAAGGAGCCGUAAGGCUAGAGCCUGGCGCUAUGGUACAGGUUGGCUACGAGGAUUCAUUGCAGAUUAUGGAGUUCCACUUAUGGUGCUUGUCUGGACAGCCAUAUCAUACAUACCAGUUAAUAAUGUUCCAAGAGGGAUCCCAAGGCGGCUUUUUAGUCCAAAUCCAUGGUCUGCUGGUGCAUACUCAAAUUGGACAGUUAUCAAGGAAAUGGUGAAUGUGCCUCCUUUAUAUAUAGUUGGAGCAUUUAUUCCUGCAACUAUGAUUGCUGUGCUUUACUACUUUGAUCAUAGUGUUGCAUCACAACUUGCACAGCAAAAGGAGUUCAAUUUGAAGAAACCAUCUUCCUAUCACUAUGAUCUUCUUCUUCUCGGGUUUUUGGUUAUAUUGUGUGGUCUUAUUGGCAUUCCUCCUUCAAAUGGUGUAAUUCCACAAUCUCCAAUGCAUACGAAAAGCUUAGCUACCCUGAAACAUCAGCUUCUGCGAAAUAAACUUGUUUCAACUGCCAGAAAAAGUAUGGGUAAAAAUUCAAACCUGGGUCAGUUAUACCAAAGCAUGCAAGAAGCAUACAAUGAAAUACAGACUCCAUUAGUCUAUCAACUGCCAUCUGCCCUGGGACUAAAAGAGCUGAAAGAAUCUACAAUACAGCUGUCCUCAAGUACUGGCUACAUUGAUGCCCCUGUUGAUGAGACUGUUUUUGAUGUGGAUAAAGAUAUAGAUGAUCUUUUACCAGUUGAGGUCAAAGAACAACGUCUCAGCAAUCUGCUUCAGGCAUUGAUGGUUGGUGGUUGUGUUGCUGCUAUGCCUGUUCUGAAAAAGAUCCCGUCCUCAGUUCUUUGGGGUUACUUUGCUUUUAUGGCCAUCGAAAGCUUGCCAGGAAAUCAAUUUUGGGAGAGGAUAUUGUUGCUUUUUACUGCUCCAAGCAGAAGAUACAAGGUGUUGGAGGACUAUCAUGCUACCUUCAUUGAGACGGUUCCCUUCAAAACAAUUGCCACCUUCACUUUGUUCCAGACAUCUUACCUGCUUUUAUGCUUUGGCUUAACAUGGAUUCCAAUUGCUGGUGUCCUUUUCCCACUGUUGAUCAUGCUUCUUGUUCCAGUGCGGCAGUAUGUCCUCCCUAAGUUUUUCAAAGGAGCCCAUCUUCAAGACUUGGAUGCUGCAGAAUAUGAGGAAGCUCCUGCUGUAUCUUACAACAUGACAUUUGAAGAUCAGGAUCCACAAGCCAGAACUACUAAUAUUGAUGAUGGGGAAAUUCUUGAUGAAAUUAUCACACGAAGCCGUGGCGAGAUCCGCCGCACGCAAAGCCCUAAAGUAACAAGUUCCACUCCAGGUUCAGUAGAGAAUAUGAAAUCUUCAUAUAGUCCACGGCUUUCACAAAGGGCAUACAGCCCACGUGUUAGUGAACCAAGGGUUGACCGGAACCCUAGAUUUACUGGUAAGGGAGCUGAAUUAAAGCAAACUCCUAGUCCUGGGUUUUCUAACCUUGGUCAAAGCAAUCCUGGUUCGUCAUCAUGCUAAAUUCAUAUUUCUGGUGAGUCUAGUUGUCGGUAUGUCGCUCGAGAGGUCCUUUGUCAAAUUUAUGUAAUUAAGUUUUAUCUUAUAGGUUUGUGUUUGUCUUCUUGGUUCUAAUCAUAGUAUGUCUGUCAGUGUUCAUUGUUCUCUAUCUCCCAAUAGGCUGGGCAGAAGACACAUAUGAUAAUUAAAAAAUGUCAUUUGCACUUUUGUUUC